GUUUAGCGCAGCCGCAGUUGUGAUCAGGGAGAAGGGAGUAUGUUGCCGUGAUUCUGUCGGUUGGGCAAUGCAUUGGCUUCUUUUUGUCAGUCUAGAUAGGGUCUCGGCUUCGUGUUGAAUGUGUUCACGGUGAAGGCUGUUCUGCUGUCUGCCUUAGGGUUGUGCUGAACAUAUUGGCUGAAAAAUGGGAGCAUUUCUGGAUAAGCCAAAGAUGGAAAAACAUAAUGCCUGUGGUGCGGGAAAUGACCUACAUUAUGGACUGAGCAGUAUGCAAGGUUGGCGAAUUGAAAUGGAAGAUGCACAUACAGCUGUCAUUGGACUACCACAUGGACUUGAAGCAUGGUCUUUCUUUGCAGUCUAUGAUGGGCAUGCUGGAUCCCAAGUUGCCAGAUAUUGCUGUGAGCAUUUGUUAGAUCACAUCACCAACACCCAAGAUUUCAAAGUUACUGAUGGUAUGACCGAGCCCACAGUAGAGAAAGUAAAGAGCGGAAUCCGAACCGGUUUCUUGCAGAUAGAUGAGCAUAUGCGAACAAUCUCUGAGAAGCGCCAUGGAUCGGAUAGAAGUGGGUCAACGGCAGUGGGUGUCAUGGUUUCACCCAAGCAUAUUUAUUUUAUCAACUGUGGAGACUCUCGAGGUUUGCUGUGUCGGAACGGGAAGGUUCAUUUCUUUACGCAAGAUCACAAACCAAGUAAUCCGCAGGAAAAAGAACGCAUCCAGAAUGCUGGUGGCUCAGUCAUGAUUCAGCGUGUGAAUGGUUCCCUUGCUGUUUCAAGGGCUCUUGGAGACUUUGAUUACAAGUGUGUCCAUGGGAAGGGUCCAACAGAGCAGCUUGUCUCACCAGAACCUGAGGUUUAUGAAAUUGAGAGAUCGGCGGAUGAUCAGUUUAUUAUCCUAGCGUGUGAUGGUAUUUGGGAUGUCAUGGGGAAUGAAGAGAUCUGUGAAUUUGUUAAAUCCAGAUUAGAAGUUAGCAAUGACCUCGAGAAAGUGUGUAACCAGAUUGUUGACACGUGCUUGUACAAGGGGAGUCGAGACAAUAUGAGUGUCGUGUUGAUUUGUUUUCCAAAUGCACCAAAGGUAUCGCCUGAAGCAGUGAAGAGGGAGGCUGAGCUGGACAACUACCUGGAGAGCAAAGUGGAAGAAAUCUUUGAGAAGCAGGGUGCUGAGGGGGUACCAGGUCUAGUCCAGGUGAUGCGUGCUUUGUCGUCGGAGAGCAUCCCAAACCUCCCACCAGGAGGUGAACUAGCCAGCAAGCAGAGUGUUAUUGAAGCAGUUUACAGUAGACUGAGUCCUUACCAGGCUGACACAUCUGGGUUGUCUAGAUAUUUCUGCACUUUUUGGCACUCCAGACUUUAAAGGGUUAUGCUUUUUUUUUAAACAAGGAACCUUCAUCUCCUGAUGAUAUGUGGUAACAGCUAACUAGGAGCUUGCACAUAUCCACAAUCAAGGCCAUCACAUAUCUACGAUUCAGAAGUCUGCAAAACAUUGUUGAUUUUGUGAAGGAAAUUCAAAAAGGGUGUGAAUACAAUAUCGGAAUUCAAGAACCAGCAAUGAUUCACCCAAGAUCUGAUUUAUUUACGGUGGCUGAAAAUACGAAGAUCGAACAGUUUCCUCUAUAAACUGGGCAUUGUUUAGUUUAAUUUUGUUGACUGAUUUAAGUGCAAUUCUGUUUUUUUUUGAAAGAACAAACUUCUAUUUAAUGGAAUAUGACCGCCUUACAAAAUGCACGGGGUAGAAAAACUAACCAGUAUUCCUCUGAUAAAGACAUUGCAGUAAAAGUGGUUUAUCAAAAGUAAAGUCCUCUUCAUCAAUAGAAGUUUUGUUCCAAUCUUUAGAUUGAGUCUUGUGAAACUAUUCUUUUAAUUAUGCCCCAAUAACUGAGAGUAUGAAAUUUUAAUUUUGGGUUUGGCAGGCCAAGGUGUAGUAUAAUAAAUGCUUACUUAGUGAGCAUGUCACAGAUCAAACUUGAAUGAUAGCAUUCACAUUAUUGUAGACAUUUUAAAAACAGACUUUGCAGUGCUGGUGCAAGUGAUUUAUUUGGAAUUAUAUAAACCCUGUCUCUUAUUUUGAAAAAUUCUCACUGAAGAUUUGCAUUGUUAAAUGGCCCCAUGUUAUUGCUGUUAAAAGGAACAUCUGCCAGAUUCUAAAUUUUCUCACUAUUGUACUCAACAGCUAGUUAUAAUUGUACAUUUUAAUGCUGCCUCUCCAGUUCUUAAACAAUAAAAUGUUCCUUAUUUAUCUUCCUGGGUUUAUGCCUUCAUUUUGCAAUCAUUGCCUAGACAGACAUAAGGAGACCACAUAUAUUUAAGUUGAGCACCAGUAUUGCUGUGUCACCUGCUAGCAGUGUUGUCUGUAAUGGUGAAGAGCAUUAGGUAAAGUUGUUUUUUCUAUCCAGAAGAUGGCGAUGUUUCACUGAGUCAUUCCACUUAAACAAUUCACCAAGAAUGAUGCUAGCUGCUGCUUCUAGCAUUGAAAUUUAUGACCACAGAUAGGAAGUGUGUAGCAUCAUUGUCUUGAUUUGAAACACCAAAAUACUUCCACCAUAGAUCAUAUACAAGGCUUUUAUAUGGUAUAUUCAGCCAAAUUUUUACUUGUUCUUUUUCAGUUGUAUGUGAAUGAUAUAACAGGUAGAAUUCCUCCCUAAAAUCAUGAAUAAGAAACAUGGAUGCAUUAUUGUAAUUCAUUAGCAGUUGUUAGUUCUUUUUUGAUAUUCGACAAUCCGUAGCAUUAUAUAAUAACUUAUAAAUGUAUUCUUCAAUGAUAAAUAGUACACUUCAGGAUUAAUUUGGCCUGACACUUUAUUCAAAAUGAUUCAAAUUUGCAAAUUUUUUCAAAAUUGCUUUCAAUGUUUACUUGUAUGUAAGAUUUUAUUGAAUAUCGCCAACAGGAUUACUUUCCCAUUAGACUAAAUAUUUCAUUAAUUGGAGUUAACAGUGGAGGAUUAAACAAAAAAAAAGUCUAUUUCAGGGUGGGAAAGUUUAUUUAAUGUGUUCAAAGGACAUGUGGAUUGUGGUACAGCAUUACAUUUACAUGUUUAAUAGGAUUAGAUUCAUCGAAAGGAAUUGGACACUGAAUCAGGCUUCUAUACAGACAGUUUUAUACAAGAGACUGUUGAAUAAGCUUCCAGCUCUUUCAUGUCUGAACUAAAACGAAGUAGCUUGUGACAUUGGAUUUUCUUCCAAUUUCAUCAGAGCAAAAUAUUUUUGUUUUUAUCAUCAUGGUUUAAAAUUGCAUUGUAUAGAGUUUCAACAUAAUGGAAUUCUAGCCAUGAAUAAUUGGUGCUUUUUUAAUGGAUUUUUGAUAUUGUGUUAUCUAGUUAUAAAACAGAUUCCAUUUUUGAUGAUAAUGCCCAAGUUAUUUUUAAUCAGACUGGCUAUAAUUCCCAACCCAAAAGCAAGAAAAAAAGGGUAAAAUGUUGUAGGUAAUGAAGCAAUGUAUUUUUGCUUACAUGUUGCUACUUCACAGUAUUUUUCAUGAUGCUUAAAAUCUGAAGCUGAUUUAGGUGCAGCGGUAGUUAAAUUCUCUCCCAUAUUCACUGUCAAGCAUAAUUCUGUUAUGCAGUCCUGACUUAAUGAAUUGUACCAUGUCAGCAAGGUGAAUUUCAACAGGGAGUUAAACUCCAAUCAUCUGGCCUUCUGGUUGAGACAUGCAGCUAUUCAAUGGAAUUCAGUGCUAUACCUUUUGAACAACUGAUAUAAUUUGAGGAACAAAAGAACCAGACACAAUAUUGUGAAGUUCCACAGGAUAGCAUUGUGAAUUCUGGCCUAUAUCUACAUUUUUGAAAUUUGUAGUUAUAGAUUGGUUUUUACAAUCCAUUAUGAAAUUUACAUUACUGGCAAAACAAAAUAUUGAUUUUUGUUUUAAAAACAAGCAUUAUUCCUAAGUGGAUUUUCUAACUUAAAUUGCUUGGAAGGAAAUCUUGUGCUCUAGACAAUUGGCUGCAAUUUUUAUACAGAUUUAAAUUUAAAUGAAGAAUAUAUUUUAGGUAAAUUCGAGUGAGGCUGACGAAAUAACUAGUCGCUUGUGAGUAGUGGAAAUUCUGAUCAGUUUUAAAUGUAGAUAUUCAGAUGAUUACUAGACCGUCCUACAUUGAAUGUCAAUUAUUUUUUAAACAAAAAUUAGUUUUAAUGUAUUUUGGAUAAUUGAUUAAAAAUACAAUUUCUAUUGGACUACCAUAAUGACAAAAUUGAAUAAUUUAUUCAGUACAAAAGUGUUGGAGCAAUAGGUGAAAUGAAGGAGGGUAAUUCAGUUUUGAAAUUGGCUUAUUCUUUGUUGGUUUUGUGAACAACCAUUGAUUUAAUUGAAAGCAUUUGUUGUCUUUUGUAUAAAUUGUCAAAUGCAAAUUUAUUUUACUCAUCAUUGUGGAAUAAUGUCAGAUAAAUGAACUUUCCCACCCACUUGCUAAUGCUGUGUGUCAGAAAAUAAAACUAAUCAAACCAGUUUGCCUUA